AUGUAUCCGACCUCAGCAGGAUGCGCGAGGGUUCUGAUGGCUUGCCCUGCCCCCGCCAUGCUGCGAGGCCCGCUGCUUCGUCCAUCAACCACCGCCAUCAGAGGCCUGAGGGGCAGUCCCCUGCUUUAUCAUUACGCCACCGCUUCGAAUAGCAACAUGAGAUAUUUCUCGUCAACUUCUCGUCGGUGGAUUAAGGAAUUUUUUGCGCCCCCGAAGGAGACGGAUCAUAUCGUCGAGUCGGUAACGACAUGGAAACAUCCGGUAUUCACCGAAAAACAAAUGAAAGAAAUUGCCAUUGCCCAUCGAGAAGCAAAAAACUGGUCAGAUUGGGUUGCCUUGGGCACUGUCCGCUUCCUGCGUUGGGCUACAGAUCUGGCAACUGGCUAUAGGCAUGCUGCACCUGGUAAGCAGGGGGUGGAAGUGCCAGAACAAUUCCAGAUGACUGAGAGGAAAUGGGUCAUCCGCUUUAUUUUCCUGGAAACUGUUGCUGGCGUUCCUGGAAUGGUUGGCGGUAUGCUUCGUCACCUCCGAAGCUUGAGGCGUAUGAAGCGAGAUAAUGGCUGGAUCGAAACUCUCUUGGAAGAAGCCUACAACGAACGCAUGCACCUGCUCUCCUUCCUAAAACUCGCACAGCCGGGCUGGUUCAUGCGCUUAAUGGUCCUGGGAGCUCAGGGCGUAUUUUUCAACGGCUUUUUCAUCUCCUAUCUGAUUUCUCCACGCACCUGCCACCGUUUCGUCGGAUACCUCGAAGAGGAGGCCGUCAUGACAUACACCCAUGCGAUCAAGGAUCUCGAAUCUGGCAAGCUCCCCAACUGGGCGAACCAGGCGGCUCCGGAUAUCGCCGUAGCGUACUGGCAGAUGCCCGAGGGGAAGAGGACAAUUCUCGAUUUGCUAUAUUACAUCCGUGCCGAUGAAGCGAAACAUCGUGAGGUCAAUCACACGCUGGCUAAUCUCAAGCAAGGUGUGGACCCGAAUCCGUACGCGGCCAAGUACGAUAAUCCCGAGGCGCUGCAUCCUACCAAGUCGGCUGAAAUUGUCAAGCCCACUGGCUGGGAACGGGAUGAGGUGAUAUGA